AUGGAAUUUAAAUUAGAGAAUCAUCCAUUUCUUCAUUACACAAACAUUUGUGGACAAACAUGUAUUCAAUCUAAUAACUAUUUAUCUGCUCCUCGUUGUAUAUUAUUUUUUACAGGAAACCCUUCAUUGUUAGCAUUUUAUAUUGAUUUUUGUGAGAUGUUACAUGAAAAAUAUCCUGAAGAUAGUAUUCUUGUUGUUUCAUUACACUCUACUCCAAUGAACAAUGUUUUUCCAUCAUGGAAAACAUCUCUUUUUGAAGUAAUAAAAGUUAAAUUAAAUUUAAUUGAUUGGGUAUUACGAGAAUUACCACCAACAACACACUUCUUAUUAUUAACUCAUUCUCUUGGAGCAUUUGUUGCUCUUCAUACUUUACCUCAACGACCAGAGUUAGAGUGCCGAGUUGAUCAAAUUAUUCAUUUAUUCCCUGCUAUUAGAGAUCUUAAACACUCAAUAGAUUUAACUGUUAGACUCCUUGCAAGAAUUACACUUAUUUACCCAUUAAUUUCAAUGACAACAUAUUUACUUAAGUUACUACCUCUCUUCAUUUUUACUCUUUUUAUUCAAAUCGUUUCAACUACUCCUCCUCACCAAGCAAAAAUGAUGCAACAAGAUUUAAAUCCUCAUCACAUAGCUCAAGUUGCAUAUUUUACUUUAGAUGAAGAAGAGAUUAUUACUGAUCAUGAUAAACAAACUCAAGAAUGUCUUUUAAAAACUUCAAAUAAAACUACUGUUGUCUUUGGCCAAUUUGAUAAAUACACUCCUUUAUGGAUUCGUAAUGAAUUUAAAGAAAGGUAUCCUGAUGUCCGUGUUAUAGAAACUACAAUUAAACACGCAUUUGUAUUAGGAAAAUCAAAAGAAAUGUUUGAUUUUUUAAAGCAAAGUAAUGUUCUUCUUUAA